UAUGAUGGCACAGGUGGGUGCUCAUGUUUAUUUCUCGUGGGAGGGAAGAUUUUGGCUGCCUCAGUUGUACUGGUCCAAUGUCAAUGUUUGUCUAAAUCUGGUUGUAUGUUUUAUGAGGGGUUUUCAUGUUCAUUUAGUGAUUAAUAAUGUAUAAUCUCAAGAAUUGAAACUGAAUUUAAGAAAUGUAUGAUAGCAUUUGCACAUAGAAACACAUUGUGGAAUUUGAGUGGGUCAGUGCUUAUGCAUGUUUUAAGCCAUUUUUUGCACAUAUUGUGACACUGAACAGUAUAUUUACAUCACAAGCAGUGAUGGCAACUUUUACUUCACUACAUUCCUAAAGAAAAUAAUGUACUUUUUACUCCGUACAUUUUCCCUGACACCCAAAAGUACUCGUUACAUUUUGACAGGAAAAUUGUCCAAUUCACACACUUAUCAAGAUAACAUCCCUGCUCAUCCUUACUGCCUCUGAUCUGGAGGACUCACUAAACAUAAAUGCUUUGUUUGUAAAUUAUGUCUGAGUGUUGGAGUGUGCCCCUGGCUAACCGUCAAUUUAAAAAAAAACUAGAAAAUUGUGCUGUUUUGCUUAAUAUAAGACAUUUUAAAUAAUUUUUAUUUCUACUUUCGAUACUUAAGUACAUUUUAGCAAUUCCAUUUACUUUUGAUACUUACGUAUAUUUAAAACCAAAUACUUUUAGACUUUUACUCAACUAGUAUUUUACAAAGUGACUUUCACUAGAGUCAUUUUAUGGUAUCUUUACUUUUACUCAAGUAUGACAAUUUAGUACUUUUUCCACCACUGAUCACAAGACACUAUAUUUACAUUACAAGGCUUACAAAAUUGAAUCAUGGUUAAAUAAACUGUAGAUUAAAGAAACCUUUUUAGAGACAAGUUUAACAACAUGUCAUUAUUUCUAGAAAAGACACUGAGCUUCAAAGAAGGUAAACUGGAUGAUUGAUAGGUCAGAUGUCAGUGAUGAGACUACGUCACAACAAGCUCAUUUACAUAACCUGUGAAAAACCCUAAACCGGUUUAACUGUCUCAGUCGACUUGGAUGAUCUAAGGCUGAGAGGAAAAGAGAGGAAGAGAGACCAGAGCACUGCUUCAGUAUAAUCAAUUCUCCUUACUUCACCCAUAAAACAGUAAGUAAAGAUGUUUCUCUAUAAUAACUUUGGAAGUACAGAUGAUGUCAUAGAAAGUGAAACUCCUACGACAUACUGCAGAUAGUUUCACAAUGGGUGGCAAGGAAUAAAUUAGUCCUAAAUAUUUCAAAAACUAAAAGCAAUUGUAUUUGGGACAAAUCAUUUACUAAACCUAAAACCUCAACUCAAUCCUGUAAUAAAUCAUGUUGAAAUUGAGCAAGUUGAGGUGACUAAACUGCUUGUGAGUAACCCUGGAUUGUAAACUGUCAUGGUCAAAACAUGUUGAUACAACAGUAGCUAAAAUGGGGAGAAGUCUGUCCAUAAUAAAGCACUGUUCUGCCUUUUUAACAACACUAUCAACAAGGCAGGUCCUACAGGCUCUAGUUUCGUCGUACCUGGACUACUGUUGAGUCGUGUGGUCAGGUGCCACAUAGAGGGACCUCUGAAAAUUACAAUUGGCUAACAUUAAUGAUAUGCAUGUAAGUCGCUCAUGGCUCAAAGUGGAAGAGAGAUUGACUUCAUCAUUACUUGUUGUUGUAAGACAUGCUUAAUGCACCGAGGUGUCUGCAUAAACUACUAGCACACAGCUUGGACACCCAUUCAUUACCCCACAAGACAUGCCAGCAAAGGUCUCUUCACCAUCCCCAAGUUCUGGAGUUUUGUUUUUGCAUCUUUUACUUUCGGUUUUGUACAGCUUCAAACAGCUGAAUGUACAAUAUUUUUGGUUAUUGAAAAUAUAUUUCACAGCAGUUAAAAUGGUACAAUCAUUCAAUAUACAAUGACUGCUUGUUUUGCCACAUAAACUGAAAUUAGGUGAAUGAAGCAUUUGUGUUUAGUGAGACUGCCAGAUCAGAGGCAGUGUGGAUGACCAGGGAUGUACUCUUGAUAAGUGUGUCAAUUGGACCAUUUUCCUGUCCUGCUAAGCCUUCAAAAAAUACUUUUAGGUGUCAGAGAAAAUGUAUGGAAUGAAAUGUACAUUAUUUUCUUUGUGAAUGUAGUGAAGUAGAAGUAAACAAACAUUGCAAACAGCAAGAUGGAUGCUUAUAAAAAACUUUGUCCAUCUGUUUCAAACACACGAUACCAUCUUAACGGGAUAGUUUACUCAGAAUACAAACAUGAUUUUCCACCUACCGUGGCUAUACUUGAAGGAGGUUUUGGGAUAUUAAAAUUUCCUUUCUACAUUUAAUAGCCAUAUUUUGUUACUGUUAGCAUUCUCAGUAACACUUAACAUGAAACUGUUCUUGUGCCUGUGUAAUAAAACUAACUACUUUUGGAGCAACAUUGUAGUAGCAUGUCACAUAAUACUUUAGUAAUUGUAUUUUAAAUACAUAGGAAUGAGCUGAGAGUUUAACUACUGUACACAAGAGGAAUAGUGACUGUUCCUUAUUCCACUUGUGUAAUAACUCCAUAAGAACUUGAUGUUCAAGAAACAGAAACAAUGACGCCUGGGGAAGGAACCAAAGAGAGUGGCACAUAUAGGGCAGGUAAUUAAGGAGGUGAUGGAGUCCAAGUGAGUGUCAUAAUGUGCUGAUGCACGUAAUGAUGGUAACAGGUGUGUGCCAUAACGAGCAGCCUGGUGACCUAGAGCCCGGAGAGGGAGCACAUGUGAUAGUACCCCCUCCCAGAUGCGCGGCACCAGCCACAGGAUGCCGACCAAGAUGACGAUCCCGGGGAUCAGGAGCAGACCGGUCACCUCUGCUAAGGCGCAGGCACCUGUCGAUCCAGCUGAGGCACGGGAGCAUGGCGACCUAGAGGCCGGAGAGCAUACGUGACAGUACCCCCCUCCCCGGCGCGUUCGCCUCCAGCCGCAGGACGCCAACAACAAGGACGAUCCCAAGGAUCAGACUCUACACUUAGCCAUGGCAUCUGUGUCAGUCAGCUCUCGUCUAAACAAGGCCAUCCAUCAGCACUACAUGUCCCUUCCACAGGGGGACCUGUGUCAGGUCACCUACAUCUGGAUCGAUGGCUCCGGGGAGGGGCUGAGGAACAAGACUCGCACCCUGGAGAGAGAGCCACAGGGAAUAGAGGAUAUUCCAGAGUGGAACUUUGAUGGCUCCAGCACCUACCAGGCCGAGGGAUCCAACAGUGACAUGUUCCUGAUCCCAGUGGCGAUGUUUAGGGACCCUUUUACACUGGAAUCCAACAAACUGGUUUUGUGUGAGGUCCUGAAGUACAACCGCUUGCCUGCAGAGAGUAACCUGCGGUCAGGUUGUAAGAAAGUGAUGGAGGAAGUGAAGCACUAUAUCCCCUGGUUUGGAAUGGAGCAGGAGUAUACUCUCCUGGGGAUGGAUGGUCGCCCCUAUGGCUGGCCCCAAAAUGGUUUCCCAGGACCCCAAGGUCCAUACUACUGUGGGGUUGGUGCAGACAACGCCUAUGGAAGGGACAUUAUGGAGUGUCACUACAAGGCAUGUCUCUAUUCUGGAGUCAAAAUUUGUGGCACCAAUGCUGAGGUCAUGCCAUCUCAGUUUGAAUUCCAGGUGGGUCUGUGUGAGGGGAUAGAGAUGGGAGACCACCUAUGGAUGGCACGUUUCCUGCUGCACCGUGUGUGUGAGGACUUUGGAGUUGUAGCCACUCUGGACCCCAAACCAAUGAAGGGGAACUGGAACGGGGCGGGCUGCCAUACCAACGUUAGCACAAAGGAGAUGAGGGAAGAAGGGGGGCUGCAACAUAUUGAGCAGGCCAUUGAGAAGCUGAGCAAGCGCCAUUCCCAGCACAUAUGUGUGUACGACCCUCACGGAGGCCAGGACAACAUCAGACGCCUCACAGGCUUACAUGAAACCUCCAGCAUCCAUGACUUCUGUUUUGGUGUGGCCAACCGCGGGGCCAGCAUCCGGAUCCCACGCCAGGUGGCCCAGGAGGGGAAGGGAUACUUUGAAGACCGCCGGCCCUCCGCCAACUGUGACCCGUAUGCCGUGACGGGUGCCAUCGCAAGAACCUGCCUGCUCGGGAUGGAGGAGGAAGAGGAGAGUACAUGAGAGAGUGACCAGACUCAUAGACACACAUAAUCCUGUGUUUGGUGGAAACUGUCCCUUAGAUUUGGCAUGAUUGUGCGAUAGAACUAUAUUGUAACCAAAUAAAUCUAUACUUAAGACUACUGGUUGGGGGCUUCCUGAGUGGCGCAGCGGACUAAGGCUCUGCAUUGCAGUGCUAGAGGCAUCACUACAGAUCCGGGUUUGAUCUCUGGCUGUAUCACAAUUGCCCCAGCAUUGUUAGGCUCGGGGGGCUUUACUUGGCACAUUGCUUUAUAUUGAAUACUACUCGUUGGAUGCUUUAAAGAUUCAUUACUUGAAUGCAGGUUGAAUGUUUGUAGGUUAAUUAUAUAUUUUUUUGGUAUUUGGUAAUUGCAGCUGGUUCAAUUGGCAUAUAUUCAGUUUGUUUAAUGUUUAUUGUUUGAAGUUGAGAUUGAAUAAAAUGAAGCUGAAUUGAAUACAAACCGCAUGUUCUUUAAAAUCACUACUAGAUGGAAUCAUGAUGCAAGUUUUAAUUGUCCCCCUUCAUACUGGACAUGAAUGACAAUGAAAUGAAUAUUUCCCACGAGCUAACCUUUUACUGUAAAUUAUUUGAAUAUAUUGACAACACAUGACAACCAGUCAAAUAAGACUGUAAAUGCAUUGAAUUAAGUUAGCUAGUUCAUUACCAACAAUUCAGCAAGAGGAGGCCUGCUCACUGUCAUCUCUCCAUACUUUCCUUCUGUCCUAUGUUGACACCCUGGCUCAACCUUAGCACCCUAACCUUAACCGUAGUUUCAUGUCCACACACCCUGGCUCAACCUUAGCACCCUAACCUUAACUGUAGUUUCAUGUCCACACACCCUGGCUCAACCUUAGCACCCUAACCUUAACUGUAGUUUCAUGUCCACACACCCUGGCUCAACCUUAGCACCUUAACCGUAGUUUCGUGUUCACUCCAUUGCUCAGCCUUAACCCUAGCUUCAUGUCUACACCCUGGCACAACCUAACCCUAGCUUCAUGUCCACACACCCAGGCACAACCCAACCCUAGCUUCAUGUCCACACACCCUGGCACAACCUAACCCUAGCUUCAUGUCCACACACCCUGGCACAACCUAACCCUAGCUUCAUGUCUACACCCUGUUUCAACCCUUACCAUAGACAUAACCCCAACUCUAACCCUGCUGUCUAUAUAUUAGUAUAAACACUGUCUGUGCUGAAUAACAUAGCUGAAUCUGGGACCAAUUUAACAACCGUCAUCAUGCAGACCUUGACGUAAAAAGAAAAACUGCGUUAUGAGACCAUGAUGUAAAAACAAACUGAACUGACUUCCAUAAAACUGAUAUUUGAUGGAAAACAUUCUACUGCAGUUUUGUUACUGCAGUAAAAAGUGCAGUUAUUAUAUUGCUGUAGUAUUGCAGUCAAAGUGCAAUAAACAGUUAUGUCACACCCUGA